AUGUCACAAAGUCGUGGCGGCUCUGCUGCUACAUAUAAGCAAGUAUUCGCAGAUGCGGACGAUACUUUUGACUUGUCUGCGUAUGACAACACACUGACAGAUCCUUCGGAAGCCUAUCAACACAUCCGCACAUUACGGACAUCUCACGCCACAAAGGACUCUCGAGAGUCAUACUACUCGCAAGCGUCAAGCAAUAGAGAGUCCACGCGCUCGCCCACCGCUAGGCGAUCAGACGGCGCCGAGAAGCCGAUACCAGCACAAGAGUCGCCUUCGCGGAGGAGAAUAUCGUACGAAUAUAGACCUCGACAUAGAAUACGGCAGAGCCAAUCUUCAGUACUGGCAACUAAUUCGGCAGAGAACGUGCAGCCAAUGCUCGAGACAAAGUCAGAGACAAAUAAACGCAAAUCUAGUGCAAGAGAUUCGAUAGCGUCACACAACUCUUCGAGAACGUUGUUCGAUUCGCUCGCGCUGGAUGGAAGCAAGUCCGCAGACGCUUACAGGGACAAAAACGGCGAUACCAACCGAAAGAUGAGAGCCACAGACUCGCCAGCGCUUUCUGACGCCGGCGGACCUUCUGCACUAGAUUCCACUCGAGAUCUUCUGUCGCCACGUAAUGCAGCUCUAGACGAUGGCGGAGACGAAAAGACUUUCAGCAUGCUCAACAAAGUCUCUGUGGCGAGAAUGCAGGCGCGAAGGCGGCAAAGGCGGCGGUACUGUCUCCUCUGUGUCGCCGUGACAGUCGUCAUCGGAGCAGCUGUUGGCGGCACUUUAGGUGCGCUGCUAACAAAAUCACAUCGUUCCAACUCGCCCGACCGAGCCUAUGCGCCUGCUGCCACGGUCACGCCGAUCGUGAGCAAACCAGUUGCCAACCCGGGUACUGGCGGUGCAUCUGGCUACGCACACUUGCUAGCUUUCGGCGCAUCCUACUGUGACAAUGCUCAUCUUCGUACGCCGAACUACACAGACCUGACCUCGCAACCGUACUGGAGAGGGAGAUGGUCAAACGGGCCCGUAUGGGAUGAGUGGCUAGCGGCGCUCGUCGGACCUCAGACUGGCGAGAUUACGAAUGCGACCAUGGACAACAGAGCGUAUGCUGGCGCGAUGAUAGAUGAUCGUAUCACAUCAGCUUGGGUCCCAGAUACUCGCAGUCAGAUCGCAGGCUACCUGUCAGAUCUAGCAGGUGGCAAUACCACGACGGCGGCCACAUUGACCGAUGGUACGAAGAGCCUUAUUACCGUCUGGACCGGACUCAAUCCAAUCGAGGGCAUCUGGAAUAUCACCGGCAGCAGUCAACGAGGUCAAGCUCAAGGUCUGGCGCAGAUCAACGCGACGGUCGAAGCUCUGACAGAUCAGCUGCUGUCCAUUGCAACUCUGGCCACCUGGACCGUCGCGCCAGACUUCGUCAUUCUCUCGCCGCCUCCGUCCGAAUUGCUGCCUUUUGCGCAAAACAUCGCUCAAUACCAAGCACAGUCAGGCUCAACGGCUGCAACUCGUCUCGCAGUUCUGCAGACAUUGAGUGAUGCAUACAACGUGCAGCUGCAGAGCGCUAUGAUCACGGUCAGCGAUGCGCUCGGCAGCAGAGGCAAGGUGUACACAUUCGAUGUGCAUACUUGGUUUCACAAUAUGGUCGCCACGCCCGCGGCCUACAAUCUGACGGUGACAAACUCGUCCUGCCUGCAGCAGCAGUGCGGUACUGCAGCAAGCACGUAUCUGUUCUGGGACCCGAGACACCCAGUCGCAACGAUUCACGAAGCAUUGGCCAAAGAAGUUGCCGGCGUGAUCUUGCAAGGCUGA